AUGGUGUUCAGGUCCCCGCUAGAGCUUUAUCCCACCCAUUUCUUCCUGCCAAACUUCGCCGCCGACCCGCACCACCGCUCCCUCCUUCUCGCCAGCGGCGGCGGCGGCGGCAGCGGCAGCGGCUCGGGCUGCAGCCCCGGGGCCGGCGGCGGCGGCGGAGGCGGCAGCUCCCGGGCACCCCACGAAGAGUUGUCAAUGUUUCAGCUGCCCACGCUCAACUUCUCCCCGGAGCAAGUGGCCAGCGUCUGCGAGACGCUGGAGGAGACCGGAGACAUAGAGAGGCUGGGGAGGUUCCUCUGGUCGCUGCCGGUGGCACCGGGGGCAUGCGAGGCCAUCAACAAGCACGAAUCCAUCCUGCGGGCCCGGGCUGUGGUCGCCUUCCACACGGGCAACUUCCGAGACCUCUACCACAUCCUGGAGAACCACAAAUUCACCAAGGAGUCCCACGGCAAGUUGCAGGCCAUGUGGCUCGAAGCUCACUACCAGGAGGCCGAGAAGCUAAGGGGUCGCCCGCUAGGGCCGGUUGAUAAAUACAGGGUGAGGAAGAAGUUUCCGCUGCCCAGGACCAUUUGGGAUGGAGAACAGAAGACGCACUGCUUCAAGGAGAGGACUCGCAGCCUCCUGAGGGAGUGGUACCUGCAGGACCCUUACCCCAACCCCAGCAAGAAAAGGGAACUGGCUCAGGCCACGGGGCUCACCCCCACGCAAGUGGGCAACUGGUUCAAAAACCGCAGGCAAAGAGACAGAGCAGCGGCGGCUAAGAACAGGCUCCAGCACCAGGCGAUAGGACAGAGCGGCAUGCGGGCCCUGGCCGAGCCCGGCUGCCCGGCGCACAGCGCGGCCGAGUCCCCGUCCACGGCGGCCAGCCCGACCACCAGCGUCUCCAGCCUGACAGAAAGAGCCGAGACGGGCACCUCCAUCCUCUCGGACAAGCACGAUUUCUCCUUUGCGCUUUUCCAUGGACGCAUUUCACCCACUUGCAUGAUGAUGAUGAUUAAAUUUGUAUCUGGGAAAAAAUAUUCUCUAUAG